CCAGCUUGUCUUCCGCUGCCGCUCGACGUUCAUCGCCAUAGUGACAGUGGCGCAUGGAACAUCAUCAUUAAAAGAAGGCAGUCUUACGAGUGUGUAUGUGUGUGUGUGUGAGGGGUGUAAAGCGAGCGUGUCGGCUCUUGUCGUGGAGAACAGACUCGGCCGGGCUGGUAUGCGAGCAGAAGCGCGUCCGAAGCGGCGAUGAGGGACACGCAGGUCCGCCAGCGCGCUAUGAGUCUGAAGAAGAGACUCUCGUUUAAACGACUCUCCGCCCUGAACGUGUCGGCUGCCGUCUCAGAUGGAGAGCUGAACAGUGCCGAUCUGAAGGGCUGCGGGAGCGAUAACAGCCUGACCAGUAAUGCCAGUCUGCCCAGCGUGCAGUGCCACAUCCGCCACACGGAGCGGCGCGUCGCCUCCUGGGCCGUCUGCUUCGAGCGUCUGCUGCAGGACCCCGUCGGCAUCCGAUACUUCUCGGAGUUUUUGAGGAAGGAGUUCAGUGAGGAGAAUAUCCUGUUCUGGCAGGCGUGUGAAAUCUUCAGUCAUGUUCCAGAAACCGACAAGAAACAGUUAUCCCAGAAGGCCAGAGAGAUCUACAACAGCUUCCUGUCCAGCAAGGCCACGACUCCGGUCAAUAUCGACAGUCAGGCUCAGCUGGCCGACGACGUCCUCAACGCGCCGCGGCCCGACAUGUUCAAGGAGCAGCAGCUACAGAUCUUUAACCUGAUGAAGUUCGACAGCUACACGCGCUUCCUCAAGUCCUUCCUCUAUCAGGAGUGCAUGCUGGCCGAGGUGGAGGGUCGACCCCUUCCAGACCCCUACCACAUCCCCAGCAGCCCCGCUUCCAAACACAGCACCGGCUCGGACCGCUCCAACCUCUCCACGCCCAAAAAGGAUGAGAAGAAGAAUAAACCGAGGAAGUCGCCUCACGAGGAGUGUAAGGACGAACACGGCGAUAAAAAGAAAGCAGGGUUCUUCUCCUGGUCCAGGAACCGAAGCUUCGGGAAAGGACCCAAGAAGAAGGAGCUGGGAGACUACAGCUUUACAGACAACGACGGGCGCCGAGAAUCACAGGGCUCUUUAUCUUCUGGUGCCAGUUUAGAACUGGGUACUUCAGCUUCGGGCAAGAACGAGGGAGAGGUGUCACGUAACUCCAUGUCCGUGUCGGAGCGCUCCGUACGUUACUGUAACAUUAACCUGCCCGACGGCUCGUGUUGCUCGGUACCCAUAAGGCCCGGCGUGUCCAUCCGCGAGGUCCUGCUGGGUCUGUGCGAGAAGCUGUGCAUUAACCUGGCCGCCGUAGAUCUCUUCCUGGUGGGAGGAGAGAAGCCUUUAGUAUUAGACCAGGACUGCAUGACGCUUUGCUCGCGUGACCUGCGCCUGGAGAAACGUACAUUAUUCAGGUUGGACCUGGUGCCCAUAAACCGCUCGGUGGGACUGAAAGCCAAACCCACUAAACCCGUGACGGAGGUGCUGAGGCCGGUCGUGGCUAAAUACGGCCUGCAUUUAGGAGACCUGGUCGCCAGGAUCAGCGGUGAGACGGAGCCGCUGGACCUCGGACUGCCCAUCUCCAACCUGGAUGGACUCCGAGUGGUUCUGGAGGCAGCUGAACACGGACCAGGAAAAGACAAAUCAAAACUGAGCCUGGCAAAAAGCCACGGACCGCCGCUGUCCACCAGAAGCCAGUCCGCUACAGCGGAGGACAGAUCAUCAGGGAAGGCUACGUCGGUCAAAACCAGGGCCCAGGUGGAAAAGCGCAAACAGAAAAAGCUUAAUAUAGAUGAAGCUGAAGAAUUCUUCGAGCUCAUAUCCAAAGCACAGAGCAACCGAGCUGACGACCAGCGGGGUCUGCUGAACAAAUCCGACCUGGUGCUGCCCGACUUCCUGCGCCUGGACCGCCACGCCCCCGACCCAUGCAGGUCCCGUCCGCGCUCCAGAGAGAACGGCUCCGCCCUCGGCGCCAGCCACCAGACGCAGAGCCUGGAUUCGGGCGUGGAGUGGCCGGGCGCGCGCCGGGCCCUCGCGCCGCCCCACAGGAACCCGACGUCCCGGAGCCCAGGGGCCCAGGCGCUGGAGGAGGAGGAGCACGCGACGGACCUGACGCUGGUUGCCGAGGGCGAUAUCGCCAGCCCGAACAACUUGCUCCUCCCCUCCUCGCCUGUGCCCCCGUCACGUUCGCCCGAACGGCCCCGUCUCCUCCGAGAGGACGCGUAUCGGGACUGGGCUCAUCCAGGUACCUCUCCGGUGUGACCUCUCCGGUGUGACCUCUCCAGUGUGCGGUGUGACCCGUGUUCCUUCCUCACACACACCGCUCGAACGUUCUUCCUGAAGAUCUGUGUGUGUGUGUGUGUGUGUGUGUGUGUGUGUGUGCUGUGGACUCUCUGCCCUUCCCUGUACAGACACCUUUUAAUAGCACUUUACAGACUGUCGGAGAUGAUUUAGAUAUUUAGAUAUAAAUAUAUAUAGAUUCUGUCUAACGUUGCCUUUAUUAGACUGAUUUUCUACGUCCAGAUUUAAUAAACCGCCGUUACGUUUCACCGUAGAGCCCCGGGAGUUUACGUCACGCAAUCAGAGUGUGUAAAACAUGCCGUUAAAAUCCUAAUAAAUAAAUAAACACUGGGUAGAAUUGGGAUCACUCAUCAGUCACUGUGUUUAUACAGCACAGACACUUUAAACUGUUCAUAAAUGUAAUACAGGCCGGCACGUUGGCUCGGUGGGUAGCACUGACAGCAAGAAGCUUGGAUUCCCAGGUGGAGCGGUCCGGGUUCUUUCAGCAUGAAGUUUGCAUGUUCUCCUCAGGAGGUCCGAUUUAAGGUUAAAAGGAGAUGCAAAACUGCCCCGGUGUGUGUGUGUGUGUGUGUGUGUGUGCGCGCCCCCCCGUGAUGGAUUAGCGGCCUGUCCGGGGUGUUUCCUACCUCUUCAUAUUAACGGUCAAGGGUUUGAAACAGGAUGUCCAGCCAGCUUACGUGUGACACAAGCACGUAAGUGCGAGCCCUCCCGGAACCCAUACAGAUUGUAUUGCAGCUUAGCUUACGGUCAGGUGUCCACAUAGUAAGAGCCAUGUAGUGCACACCCUCCGAUAAACAGUUAACAAUAAACAAUUUUAAACAAAUGAACCAUCAAACUCAUUCUUGAGUUGCUCACAAUUUUGGGAUUCCUGUUUAUUUAUCUUUAUUUGUUAUGAAUUCAUUUUAGAUGUAUUGCUUUUCGUCCCAGGACUAAAAAGCUACACCCGCGUACCUCACGCCCCCCCGCCCGGCCUUCGUUUAAGGACCUUAGUUUCGGGACCAUGUCGGGUUUUAAUGAUCUGCAGCUUUCCUGUAGUUGGCUGGUGUAAUCGGUUUCAAAUUUUAGUCGUAGUAUCAGUAUCAGACCUUUGGUAGAAGGUCACACACACAAAGUUACAGUCGAGCCGGAACGUCCGCACCAUUUUAUUACGUUCCAGACUCGUUCUAUUAUAGACUGAGUUCAUUUUUUGUCACAAAAUUCUACACAAAACAGCCACAGUGACAAAGUGAAAGCAGAGCGCAGACCUGAAUCCAAUCGAACAUCUGUGGAGCUGAAAAUGGCUGCGUACCGACGCUCCCCAUCCAACCUGACGCAGCUUGCAAGGAUAUGCCAGGAGGAACGGGCAACAAUGUCCAGAAACAAGUGCGCCAAGCUCGUAGCUUCUUUCCCAAGCUGCCUUGAAGGUGCGUCAACCAAAUAUUAGGCUCAGGGUGUGUACAGACAUGUAACCCCUAAAUAAACCAUUUUUAUCAGUAAAUUGCAUAUGCAUAUGUUCUAAACCCUGUUUUCCCUUUGUAAUUAUUGGUGAUUGUCUGUAGAUGAACUCAAUCUAUUAUAGAACGAGUCUGUGAUGUGAUAAAACGUGGAGGUGACAGGGGUGUGCAGACUUUCCGGCUUGACUGUAUGUCCACAGUUAUUUGUAGUGGCCUGCAAAGAACCCUGACCGCACAACCCUGAUUCUUGCCUCAUAGAUUGAGUAAAUGUGACCAUAGACACACUGCAAAAUCCUGUGGAAGGCCUUCCCACCAGAGUGGAGACUGUUAUAACGGUCAGUUUGGAGGGGAGGGGUGCUAGGGUUGUCCAUCAAGGUCAUGGUCAGUGGUCCACAUACUUCACUGCACCCGAGCCAUCAAAAUAUUUCCUUGUCGAAUCACUAAGACACUUUUAUUAUCAUUUUUCUACCCGGUUCACAUUGUGUGAUGUCAGAGUUGCACAAGUUGUCACGGCAACAACAGCACAUAAUGCUGCAUCACCAGUCCUCUUAAUACCGGAACGAACCGAGGAGUGUUGUCCUUCUGUCGGUCCUCCUGUUGGACCCAUAACGAUGAUCACAUGGCUGAUGGUGUCGUUAACCUCACCGUCGGCUUUUAUUUUGGAACUAUUAAUGUGAGACGGGACCAAACGCACUUCAGUGAUGUUCGGUUGAAUCUAUAACUUGAGUUGAUUCUAUAAAUGUAGAGCUUUGGAUGAAUUGUUUUAGCCAGGCAGUGAUUGAAUACCUCAGUCUCAUUCCGUUUCCUUUAUCAGGUUAUAAUCCAUCGCUCUGUUUCUCUCGACAAGCAAUUCAACAACGUUUGGGUAACACAGAAAUACAGAUUAUCAGUGCGUGACUCUCCAUGUGCGAGACCGACCUCAUAAGAGUAAUUGGCUACGACUAAAUUGGGAGAAGAAAUACAACAAAUACAUGGUGUACAGCUCUCGUUGUUGAAUUGGCUGCCAUGUUGUGAUUCCUAUAGCAGUUUUUCUUCAGAUGACUGAUCCUUUGUGAUGGUUGCCAUAUUUCUGCAUUUCUGUAAAUACAGUGAAAUAAACGUAAGAUCUGAACCUUCA